CGCGACAACUCCGUAGUCGCUGCUCGCUCCGAAGAGCGCUCACUCGCGUACGAACGCCGAACUCUGUUUCCAUCCCUCUCGCACACUUGCGCCCUUCCGAGGCUCUCUCUCGCACACAGCCGCCCGCGCUCGCUCAGUCUUUCCCUCUCCUUCUCCCGAGCAAUAUCUUCGCGCAGUACGACGACGAAGACGUGGACGAGGACGACAAACACCCCUUCCGCGUAUCGACCGCACUAUAUUAUACGAGUGGACGGGAGAGUGAGAGAAAUUGCGAGGAUAAAUCGACGCGAGAAAGUUCAAAGAUUGGCCCAAAACAGUAACGAGAUCUCCAACACCCCCCAACGGGUUGUUCGGGCCUUCACAUUUAUUUGACGGAGUUCCAUCGUCCGGCCAGUGCUUCGCGUAUCUCCUGACAAGUGCACGGGUGCGGAGGUUUUUUCCUCGAAUACUGUUCUUCGAUGUUUUAACAUUAUUCGCAAGCGCACCAACGAGUUUGAGGAUCUCGGGAAUUAGAGAAUUUGUAGCUAGUGAUUGUACGCACGGGCGAGAUAUUCUCACUGGAUUAUUCUGGAUAAAAGGAUAUUUUAACAAACUCUCGUUGAAGAUCGAGCCAGGGAAGCUGCACGAUCGAAUUCUCGGUGUACGCGCGACGUCCCGAAAGCUCGCCGGCUACGAAGGAAUGAGGAGCUAGCUUCCUCAUGCUUUAGUAAAAGUGCAAAAUUCGCGAGGAUCCUGGCGCACGAUGGGGCGCAAAAGUACCGUGGUCGAUGGGAGAGGGAAUUUAAGAUGGUUUGUUCCUGUAAUAAUAUUGCUGUCACUGACGCAAAGUGUGGUGAGGACAUCGGGUGAAAGGGCGGUAUUGCCGCACGAUGUGUAUCCGGGUUUCGAGGUUAUGAAAUUUGGUCCAGGCUCGAUGGAAGCCUCGUCUUAUCGUUUAUUGGAGACGGGUUUUUCGAAAUACUUUACGAUAUUGGAUGAUGGAAUGGUGAUGACGACAUCGGACAUAGCGCCGUUGGUGAAUAGGCCCGUGAAUUUAAUAGUGUUACGAGAGUUGGCAAACAGGACGGAAACGCAUAACCUUCACGUGCACGUUAUAAAUCGUGGAAACAUGUUGUCCUUUUCCCAUGAGAAUUUGGGCGAGGGUAGCAUCAGUGAAAAUUCUCCAGCUGGAACGAGAAUCAAUGGAUUCCCGAUAUUCAAUGCGUUCGGCAAUUAUCCUGUCCACUACUCGAUAUUGCCGGACGAGACGGGUGAACUGCCCUUCGCUCUGAUGGAAACGACAGGAAAUUUGGGAGUCUACCAUUUGAUCCUCGAGAGACCCGAUCAAUCCGUAGUCGUGGUCACCUCCCGUCCGCUCGACAGAGAAACGAAGGCCGCCUACAAAGUCGUCGUGAAUGCAACUGACGCGAAUUUUUUGAGUACCGCCAAGAUCAGUGGGAUCGUUCGAAUCCUCGACGAGAAUGACAACCGUCCAAUAUUUCAGCAAAUCGAGUACAGCUUUGAAAUGCGACCGGAGAACGUGGAUACUCUCGAGCGAGAUUUGGCCCCGAGGUGGAAGAGAUUUGAGACCAUUGGCCGUGUCGUCGCCAAAGAUGCGGACGGUGACAAAGUCGCUUACAAGAUAACGACGCCGACGAAUCUUCUCAUCAUCGUGCCCCAAACGGGCGAACUGUUGCUCGCCGGUGAGCCCGACGCGACCCUCACCGAGGACAGCGAGAUCGAAGUUUUCGUUGAAGCUCACGACCUACGAACCUCUUAUAGUCUCAAGUCCGAGAAACCAGCUCGCGUUACCGUCCGGUUUCUCACUACCGAACCGAUCAUUCUUCCUGCCCCUGAACCCGAGGUCCACCGGAUCCAGAAAAGACGCGUCACCCGCGCCGUCAGACCGACCAUGAAAGUCGAUUUUCUCGAAUCGGACGGCGACGUUGAGAACAAAAUUGCUUUCUCUUUGGAAAAAGAUGCCGAGAGAGAAACUUACAGAAUUAGGGAUGACAAUCCUUGGGUCAAUGUCGCAUCCAACGGAUCUGUUACUGUUAAACGCAAAUGGGAUUACGAAGAACUUGGGGACGAAAAAACCAUCGAUUUUUGGGUCACCAUCACCAACGCCGGCGGGAGCGCAGGACGUGCUCCACCGAAAGGGUGGUGCACGGGAUAUCCACCCGGAUACCCCUGUCUAUUCAAUGAUACCGACAAUCAACGAGUCAUCAUUAACGUCAAAGACGUCAACGACGAGCCACCUUAUUUUAUCAACAAACCGUUGCCCAUGCAAGCGGUUGUCCAGCUCAAUGCACCUCAAAACACUCACGUGUUCACACUCCAAGCCAGAGACCCGGACACCGAUCACAAUAUUCAUUAUUUUAUUGUACGAGACCGAACCGGCGGAAGAUUCGAAGUUGACGAAAGAUCAGGGGUCGUACGAACCCGAGGUGCUGACAUUUUCCAAUUGGACAUGGAGUACGUGCUUUAUGUAAAGGCCGAAGACCAGAAUGGCAGAAUCGACGAGAAGCAUUACCAGUCAACCCCCGAGGAACGAUUGUCAAUCGUUGGUGGAAAAAGAGCACCGCAAUUUUAUCUCACCUCUUACGUCACGGAAAUACCUGAAAAUCAGAAAAAAGAUUCUGACAUUAUUUCGGUGAAAGCUAAAUCUUUCGCUGAUCGUGCAAUUCAUUACACGCUCAAAGCUCAAGGACCCGGAGCAGCGGGAACCUUCAAUAUCGGCUCAACUUCUGGAAUCGUUAAACUCGCUAAAGAAUUGGACUUUGAGGAUGUUCGACAGCCCCACGUCUAUUCUUUGAUCGUCACUGCUACCGAGGAUUCCGGUGGAUUUUCAACGAACGUUGAAUUAACCAUUCGGGUGUCCGAUGUCAAUGACAAUGCUCCCAAGUUUGAAUUGCCGGAUUACCAAGCCCACAAUGUCGACGAGGACAUACCAUUGGGCACAAGUAUUUUAAAAGUCAAAGCAACCGACUCUGAUUCUGGCGCAAAUGCUGACAUCGAAUAUCUCGUCUCGGACGAUCAUUUUAGCGUCGAUUCCAGUGGUCUAAUAGUCAAUAACAAACAAUUGGAUGCCGAUAACAACAACGCUUAUUAUGAAUUCGUUGUCACGGCUAAAGACAGAGGAGAUCCAUCAAAAACGGGAACGGCGACCGUUCGGAUAUACACGAAAAACAAAAACGACGAGGAGCCAAAGUUUUCGCAACAGGUUUAUACGCCGAAUGUUGACGAGAACGCUGGACCGAAUACUCUCGUUACGACGGUCGUUGCAUCGGACAAAGACGGCGACAAUGUGCGCUUCGGAUUCGUCGGUGACAAAACAAAGUCCGGACAGUUUGUUAUUGAGGAAGUAACCGGCGUUAUACGUUUGCAUGGCGAUGCGAUAACCCUCGAUCGUGACAAGUAUGAAUUGAACGUAACGGCUCUCGACGAUGGUGCUUGUUGUCCGGACGGUAACAAAAACAUUCAUACGAGUACAGCGGUCGUUGUUGUUUUCAUAACCGACGUCAAUGACAACAAACCGGUAUUCAAAGACUGCGCAAAAUACUCGCCCAAAGUUGAAGAAGGUGCACCAAAUGGAAGCACGGUUAUAAAAGUCCAAGCGACCGAUGAGGACAAGGGCGUCAAUGGACAGGUCAAAUACUCGAUCGUGCAACAGCCUAAUCAAAAAGGAACAAAGUUUACGGUCGAUGAAGAAACCGGUCAAGUUCUGACCAAUAAGGUUUUCGAUCGUGAGGGUGACGAUGGAAAAUUCGUGUCCGUCACUAUCAAAGCCACCGAUCAGGGUGAGCCUUCGCUUGAGGGAGUAUGUUCUUUCACGGUUGAAAUAACUGACGUGAACGAUAAUCCACCAUUGUUCGAUCGUCAGAAAUACGUCGAGAACGUGAAGCAAGACGCGAGUGCCGGAACAAACAUACUGAGAGUGUCAGCAUCUGACGAGGAUGCGGAUAACAAUGGUGCAAUAAUGUAUUCGUUGAGUUCCCCGAACAAGGACCAGGGUCUCGAUUACUUUGAAAUCCAACCGGAAUCUGGUUGGAUCGUAUUAAAGAAGCCUCUCGACCGCGAGUCUUACAAGCUGGAGGCGAUGGCACAGGACAAGGGAUACCCUGCCUUGUCACGAAACGUGGAGGUUCAAAUUGACGUUGUGGACCGCGCUAAUAAUCCACCCGUAUGGGACCACGUAGUGUAUGGCCCGAUCAGCUGUAAUGAGAACACGCCCGUGGGGGCUAGAGUUGUGUCUGUUAAAGCCAGCUCCGGAAUCGAAAAUAAUCCCACGGUUUUUUACCGACUUAUGCCCGGCUCGACUGCACAAACCAACAAACUUCACACUUUUUAUCUCCAACAACGAUCCGAAGGUAACGUCACCUGGGCUGACGUCAAAGUCAACCAUCAACUUGAUUACGAGAGUAUCAAGGAAUACAAUUUGACUAUACGAGUCGAGAACAACGGUGCCCAGCAACUGGCUUCGGAAGCUACUGUCUUCAUCAUUCUAAAGGACGUCAACGACGAGAUUCCAUUGUUCACUGAGCGCGAGCAAGAAACUGUUCUCGAGGGUGAGCCCAUUGGAAGCAACGUCACCCAAGUAAACGCUAUCGAUAAAGAUGGAACUUCUCCCAAUAACUUGGUGACUUACCACGUCGUCAACAGCAGUAGGAACGAGGGCAAGGAUUACUUCCAGAUCGAUCGCAAGACCGGCUGGAUCUCAACGAAGAUCGUUUUCGAUCGUGAAAAACAAGGAGCUUACGCGCUUGAAGUCGAGGCGAGAGACGGUGCACCAUCGGCGCGGCCGAACAGCAAUGGACAGCCAAAUUCAGUUACGAAAUUCAUUCGUAUAGGAAUCGCCGACAAGAACGAUAAUCCUCCGUACUUCGACAAAGGCCUCUACGAGGCUGAGGUAGACGAAAAUGAAGAUAUUCAACACACCGUUCUCACCGUCACCGCCAAAGACCACGACGAGUCCUCGCGUAUUCGAUACGAGAUUACGAGCGGUAACUUAGGGGGUGCGUUUGCGGUUAAGAACAUGACCGGGGCGAUAUACGUUGCGGGGCUAUUGGAUUACGAGACCAGGAAGAGGUACGAGCUCAAAUUGACCGCCUCGGACAACCUUAAAGAAAAUUUCACCAUCGUAGUUAUUCAUGUUAAGGACGUAAAUGACAAUCCUCCUGUAUUCGAAAGGCCUACUUACAGAGCUCAGAUAACUGAGGAAGACGAUAGAAAUUUACCCAAACGUAUUCUACAGGUCCUCGCGACAGACGGCGAUAAAGACAGGCCACAGGAUCUCGUUUAUUUCCUGACGGGACAAGGAAUUGAUCCGAGUAAUCCAGAAAACAGUAAAUUCGAUAUCAAUCGUACCACUGGCGAAAUUUAUGUAUUGAAGCCGUUGGACAGGGAUCAACCAAACGGUCGACCACAAUGGAGAUUUACAGUUUUCGCUCAAGACGAGGGCGGCGAGGGCCUGGUGGGUUACGCGGACGUGCAAGUGAAUUUGAAGGACAUUAACGACAACGCGCCAAUUUUUCCGCAAAUAAUAUAUUACGGUAACGUGACGGAAAACGGUACGGCAGGAAUGCUCGUUAUGACGAUGACGGCGAUCGAUUACGACGACCCGAACGAAGGAACGAACGCCAAGCUGAUGUAUUCGAUCGAAAAGAACGUAAUUGAGGAAGAAACCGGUUCGCCGAUUUUUGAGAUCGAGUCCGAAACGGGCGUGAUUAAAACGGCGGUUUGCUGUCUCGAUCGCGAAAGAACUCCCGACUACUCGAUCCAAGUCGUCGCUGUGGACGGUGGUUCGCUAAAAGGUACCGGAACCGCCUCGAUCAGAGUCAAGGACAUCAACGACAUGCCGCCACAAUUUACCAAGGACGAAUGGAUGACCGAAGUCGACGAAACGGACGGCCUCAAAUUACCCGAAAUGCCCAUUCUCACUGUCACCGUUCACGACGAGGAUGAGACCAACAAAUUUCAGUACAAAGUUCUCGAAAACAGCGGAUACGGUGCUGAUAAAUUCACCAUGGUCAGGAACAACGACGGCACCGGUUCACUCAAAAUUGUCCAAGCCCUCGACUUUGAAGAUCAACUGCAAUGCAACGGUUUCCGCUUCCGCAUACAGGUCAACGAUAAGGGAGAAGACAACGACAAUGAUAAGUACCACGUGGCAUUUUCGUGGGUGGUAGUGAAGCUUCGUGACAUAAACGACAACAAGCCACAAUUCGAGACGGCGAAUAUUGAGACUUCGGUGUUGGAGGAUGCGACAGUGGGAAAUACGUUGGAGACAUUCAAGGCAACGGAUCCGGACCAAGGUGGCAAGAGCAAAGUUUCGUACUCGAUAGAUCGCAGUUCGGACAGGAAGCGUCAAUUUUUCAUAAACGAAAACGGCACCGUAUCGAUCCAACGUAGUCUCGAUCGGGAAGAGACGUCGAGGCACCAAGUGAAAAUAUUGGCGAUCGAUGAUGGAAUCCCGCCGAAAACUGCGACCGCGACACUGACCGUUGUCGUCCAAGAUAUAAAUGACAAUGCUCCCAGAUUCCUCAAAGAUUACCGACCAGUUUUGCCCGAAUACGCGCCCCCUCGGAGGGUCGUUGAAAUUCUUGCGACCGACGAUGACGAUCGAUCCAAGAGCAACGGACCACCCUUCACUUUUAGAAUGGAUCCUAACGCCGAGGACACUAUUAGAGCAAGCUUCAAAGUCGAAAGUGAUAAUAAGGGCGCUAAUGGCGAUGGAAUGGCGAUUGUUUCUUCGCUGAGAUCGUUCGAUCGCGAACGUCAGAAAGAAUAUCUCAUACCCAUCAUUAUCAAAGAUUCGGGCACGCCAUUAAUGGCUGGUACGAGUACCUUAACAGUCGUUAUCGGCGAUGAUAAUGACAACAAAAUGCAGCCUGGGUCCAAAGAUAUAUUCGUGUAUAAUUACGCUGGACAAUCCCCCGAUACGGAGAUCGGUAGAGUUUAUGUUUACGAUCUCGACGAUUGGGAUUUGCCUGAUAAAAAGUUCUACUGGGAGGGAUUAGAGCACGCGCAGUUCAAGUUAGACGAAGACACGGGAAUGAUAUCAAUGAAAUCUGGUACUCACGAUGGCCGAUAUCAUUUGCGUUUCAAGGUUUAUGACAGGAAACACACGCAGACCGAUGUGCCGGCGAAUGUCACAGUGACGGUCAAAACCAUUCCUCACGAGGCCGUCCUCAAUUCUGGUUCCGUUCGAAUAUCCGGGAUAACCGACGAAGAUUUCAUUCGUGUAUGGAAUUAUAAGUCGGAAGAGCUAACGAGAAGCAAAGCCGAUUUAUUCAGAGACAAAUUAGCCAAUUUAUUGGAUAUUGCGAGAGACAACGUGGACGUUUUUAGCGUACAAUUGAGAAGAAAGCAUCCACCACUCACGGACGUGAGAUUCGCUGCUCAUGGCUCACCAUAUUACAAACCUGUACGAUUGAAUGGAAUUGUACUCAUGCAUCGAGAAGAGAUCGAAAAGGAUGUGGGAAUAAAUAUAACAAUGGUGGGAAUAGACGAGUGUUUUUACGAAAAUGAAAUGUGCGAGGGCAGUUGUACGAAUGUUCUCGACAUAAAUAAUUUACCGUACAUGGUAAAUGCGAACAGAACAGCGUUAGUCGGUGUCAGGGUCGAUGUUAUGGCACAAUGUACCUGCGGCGCUCGUAAUUUCACUACCAGUGAAUCAUGCAGAAACAGUCCGUGUUACAAUGGAGGUCGUUGCACCGAAAACAGAUUUGGCCUCACGUGCCAAUGCCCAGCGGGCUACAAUGGUCCAAGAUGUCAGCAGACCGCUCGAAGUUUCAAGGGCAACGGUUGGGCGUGGUAUCCAGCCUUGGAAAUGUGUGACAACAGUCACUUGAGUUUUGAGUUCAUAACUCGCAAAUCCGAUGGUCUGUUGUUGUACAAUGGUCCAAUCGUGCCCCCAGAAUCUGACGAAAUCAUGGUUUCCGAUUUCAUUUCGGUGGAGUUGGACCGUGGGAUACCGAGAUUGCUUAUAGACUUUGGAUCGGGAACGUUAGAACUGAAAGUCAAGACAAAACGACCUCUGGACGACGGCGAAUGGCACCGACUCGACAUAUUUUGGACAACGGAAACCGUCAAGCUCAUCGUGGAUUUCUGUAAAUCUGCUGAUAUAUCGGAAUUGGAAGAUGGAACAGCGCCUCAGUUCAACGACUCGACGUGUCAAGCCCAAGGAACCGUGCCACCCUUCAACGAAUACUUGAACGUCAAUGCACCUCUUCAAAUCGGUGGCUUGUACUACGAGCAAUUCGACCCGAGCAACUACAAAUGGAAGUCAAUGCCGUUCGGCAAAGGAUUCGAUGGCUGCAUCAAGAAUCUCUUCCACAACAGUAAAUUGUACGACCUCGCCCACCCUGGAUUAUCGAGGCACAGCGUCGCGGGCUGUCCACAGACUGAUGACAUCUGCAACAACCAAGAAUCAACUUUCCGGUGUUGGGAACAUGGGACCUGCGUUGGCAGCUUCGUCGAGGCCAGAUGUCAGUGCAAUCCUGGCUGGACCGGACCCGGAUGCAUGGCUCCCACUGUUCCAACUACCUUCAAACAGCACAGCUACGUCAAAUACGCUCUUUCCUUUGAACCUGAUAAAUAUUCCACUCAGAUACAACUGCGCUUCCGAACCCGUGAGAAACAGGGCGAAUUGUUUCGAGUUAGCGAUCAGCACAACAGGGAAUAUGCUAUACUUCAGAUAACCGACAGCAGACUCCAGUUCAGAUAUAAUUUGAACAGUCUGAGAAUAGAGGAGAGGAACAUAUGGCUGUCGGCGAUUGCGGUUAACGACGGUCAAUGGCACACGGUUAGGGUAUCGAGAUACGGAUCCGCUGCGACCCUGGAAUUGGACGGUGGAGAGGGCCGACGUUUCAAUGAGACUUUUUCAUUCGAGGGUCAUCAGUGGCUGAUGGUCGAUAAACAAGAAGGAGUUUAUGCGGGUGGCAAAGCCGAAUAUACGGGUGUCAGAACGUUCGAGGUUUAUGCGGAUUAUCAGAAAGGGUGUCUCGAUGACAUCAGACUCGAAGGCAAGCAUCUGCCAUUGCCACCUGCGAUGAAUGGCACUCAAUGGGGUCAAGCUACAAUGGCGAGAAAUCUCGAGAGAAAUUGUCCAUCUAACAAAACGUGCCUGCACGUUACGUGUCCUGAGCCUUUCGAAUGUACAGAUCUGUGGAACGAGCACGAGUGCACGUGUGGCGAGGGGAGAAUAAGGUCACCGGAUGGAAAAAGCUGCAUUGACAAAAACGAGUGCAUCGAUUAUCCUUGUCUAAAUGGUGGACGCUGCAUCAAUCAAGAUCCAAGAUUACGGUACCGAUGCAUUUGUCUGGAUGGAUUCUGGGGUGAAAAUUGCGAGCUCGUUCAGGAGGGCCAGACUCUUAAACUGAGCAUGGGAGCUUUGGCAGCCAUUUUGGUCUGUCUACUCAUCAUUCUGAUACUAGUCCUCGUUUUCGUCGUCUACAAUAGGAGAAGAGAAUCUCAUAUCAAAUACCCAGGCCCAGAUGACGACGUGCGAGAAAACAUAAUAAAUUACGACGACGAGGGUGGUGGCGAGGACGAUAUGACAGCAUUUGACAUAACCCCACUACAGAUACCAAUCGGUGGCCCUUUGCCGGAAAUGGGAGGCAAAAUGGCACCGUGCAAGUUGGCCUAUCCGAUCGGAGCGGAACCAAACGUUGGAAUGUUCAUCGAGGACCACAAAAAGAGGGCGGAUAACGACCCUAAUGCGCCACCAUUCGACGAUCUUCGGAAUUACGCGUACGAGGGUGGCGGAAGUACGGCAGGCUCGCUCUCGUCGUUAGCUUCCGGAACUGACGACGAGCAACACGAAUACGAGUAUCUCGGUGCUUGGGGUCCGAGAUUCGACAAAUUAGCCGAUAUGUACGGUCCUACGGAGGAGAGCGAAGAAGAGGAAUAAUUAAAAAAGGGCCGAACGAGUGAGAGUCACGAUACUCUCGGCUGACAAAGACAGAGUCAUCGCUCACAGUAGGUGCUCCAUGCUAAAAAAAGGGAAGAAAAACCUAAAAAUCCAAACAUGUCUCCGGCCUUGGACAUGAAGUUAUUGAUGAAGAGUACAUGAUUUUUAAAAUGACUCAAGUGCCCGGGGCUCUUUCCCCUCCCCGGCGUGACAAAAACUGUUGUAAGACUGUCUAAAAGCUCAUUCCCAAUCUCACUUUGGGACGAAUAUAGUGAAACGAAAAGGUUAACGAGGAUCUCUAUGAGUUGAGUUACGAAGAAAUUCGAGCUCACGUAAAAAUACGAAACUACCAUUGAGUGAUGAAGAAAAAAAAAUAAAAGUAAUAAACUGCGAAAUCGCGCGAAAGUAUACAUACGAAAAGACGUCUAAUUUAAUGGACUAGUGAGUGUUCGUUUAUAAACGGAAUACGAAGGCACUGCAAUCGGCUAAUGUAAUAGAAAUAAUGAUAAUUAUUAUAUAUUAAUAAUAUUAAUAAUAAUAAUAAUAAUAAUAAUAACGAUAUGUUCGUAAUGUUUGUCGAGUCAACCGAAAAAGCCCAUUGCAGCAGCUCUUGACAUUGAAUACCUUGCCUCCCGAGAGAUAAGUGGCAUUACAAAUUUUGUAUAAAUUUUUCACCACUAUCUCAUUUAUUUAUUGCUCGAGUCCCUCCCCCGAAUCGAGAAACUCGAUUUUAAGAUGUUAUUUUCUAAUCCAUAUUAUAAAUAUAUAUUUAAUUGCCAUGUGCCGUUGUUACCCGUUUUUCUCUUGGCAGUGUGAAAAAAAAAGUAAAAGAAAUGUAAAAGAGGUGGUGAGACAGGUAAACAGAAGGGAAGGAGAGGGAAAAAUUGUAUAACGAUGGAUUUUACACCGAUAGUUAAUGUUUUUACCGGAAGAAAAACCAAAGAUAUAUUAAAAAAUACUGAAAAUAAGUAUUGUUGAUGAAAAAGAGUGUUUGAAUGCGAAUAUUUAAACAACAAAAUAAACAGCAUCAACCAGAAUCAUGUUACGAUGAAACCAUAAAACGCACGAGUAUUUCACUUUUUAUUUGUCAAAGAUAAAUCGUGCAUCGUACUCGUAGAGAGAACAAAAAAGAUGGACAUUUUCAUUACAAGUAUUAUUACGAGUUUAUCAAUAUUAUAAAUGAGACGUAAGAUAUAUGUAGAAUUGGAUGGAAGAGAACGCGUAUACGUGAGUGAAUAUGACCAGAAAUAAAUGCGUUAGUAUGUGCAUAAAUAUUUAUAAACAAAUAAAUAUAUAUAUAAUUAUCGAAUGAUUAUAUAUAUAAUACCAAUAAUUUUAUUUGAUUGGGAUUGUUUUAUUUUUUAUUUAUGUCGCAAUCUUGAGGUGUCACAUUCAAGUCUUCGAAACCUAACGAAUCAAUGGGUCACAAAAGUCGUAAAAAGGGGAGGGUGGAAUAAGAAUCAGGCGUUAAAAAUUCAUUUUCUCCGUAACGAUAGUUUUGGACUCCGAAAAGAAUUUUUUUCUGAGCCCCGUUUGGGAAGAACGAAUCUCCCUGUUACGAUGCUCGAAUGGACUGAAGUUGUAAAAUUUCUCUACGGAAUAUUCAUAGUCAAUUUACCGGUAAGGGAUCCUCGCGAUAAUUAUCCGUAAAUAAUGAGAACAAGAAAAUGGGAAUGUAAAAGAAGAAGAGAAGAGAUAUUAAAAAUGAAUAAAUGCGCGUAGAAACGCUGCUGUGUACGAGGAUGUAAAAAAAAAAAAGGGCAAACAUGCUGAAAAUAUUU